UAAACGGGGAACGAACAAGUUGUCGACCUGGAAAUCUCACAACAGUUUCGGCCCAAAGAUUAAUUAGCUGGGGUUAACAUCUCGACUAAUCUCGUAAUCAGCGUGCAACUGACUGAAAUAAAUAAAUUAUGUUCGUGGGCGAAAAUGCCAUCCGAAUCUCCGCAAAUUUACCACUUGUAAUAACUUCUCCAGUGCGCUGCUCAGUCGUGAGAAAACGUGCAUUUGGACGGGCGUUUUAAGAAACACGAGAAAUCGAAGAAAUAGGAUAGUUUCGGACUACGGAAGAUGAAAGAGCAAAACAACGAUGUGAAACAAGAAAACAAGCCCAAAGGCGAGCGGCGCCGCAGUCGGCCCGACGAGUCGCGGGACGAAAUAAAGAAAUUCAAAGAGAACCUCCUCCAGUCCGCGGCGACAGGCACCGAAUCCAUACUGUCGGAGAGUGCUGACGGUGGCGACACGCUGUCCCCGCCACCGCGGUCCCGCUCUGCGUCCAAGGCACGGGAGUCCCUUUGUGUGCCGCCCAACGUUCUCGCCGAGAUGGACGAGUCUAAACUGUUUGAGCUCAAGGAGGCGUUUCUGUUGUUCGAUUUGGACGGCGACGGCUGCAUCGACCACAGUGACCUGUGGGGCACUCUCGUUAGCCUGGGGGAGCGUGUGGAUGAUAAAGAUGUACGCGGCAUGUUGUCUGAGGCACCCAACCCUCUCGAUUUCGACGGGUUCGUCAAUCUGCUCGGGUAUCGAACUCUGGAACUGGACUCGGAGGAAACAUUGGUGGCGGCUCUCUCGCGUUGGGAUAGAAAUAAUUCGGGAUACAUUUCUGAAGAAAGGAUUCGACAUGAUCUUAUGACGUGGGGCGACCGCUUUACGGAGAAGGAAGCUGACUACGCGCUGGACGACGCUCCUACCACACAAAUAGGCGGAAACACCAUGAUUGACUAUGUUCGUUUCUGCAGUCAACUUUGUGGCUUGCGAAAAUCUAACAAAAAGGAAGUGGUGUAAAUAUUCUACGAG